AUGUCCUCUUGCAAUACCUCCAUCCCUCAGCCCUUGGUAUUUGUCCUGGCUGGAACUCCUGGCCUGGAAUCUUCCUAUAGCUGGUUCUCUGUGCCUUUUUUCUUGGUAUUUGUUAUUACAGUCAUUGGCAAUACUGCCAUCUUAUGCAUCAUCAGGGUGGAGAAGAGUCUUCAUGAGCCCAUGUUUCUCCUCUUGGCCAUGCUAUCAGUUGUUGACCUGUCUCUUGUCAGUGUCACUGUGCCCCGCAUGCUGGGUAUCUUCUGGAUGAAUGCUGAGGAAAUCAGCUUCAAUGCCUGCCUCACACAGAUGUUUUUCAUCCCUUCAUUUUAUGUCAUGGAGUCCGGAAUCCUCCUGGCUAUGGCUUUUGACAGAUUUGUGGCUAUCUGGCACCCUCUGAGAUAUACAACCAUCCUUGCUAACAACAUGCUUGUGAAGAUGGCACUGGCUGUCCUGGCAAGGGCAGUGGCAUUGCUGACCCCAGCACCCAUCCUGGCAAAAAGACUGGAAAGCUUCCGAACUCACAUCAUUGCUUACUCAUACUGUGCCUACAUGGCUGUGGUGCAGAUAGCCUGUGGAGACAUCUCUGGUCACAUUGUCUAUGGCCUUAUGGUUAUUGUAGCAUCUGUGGGAUUUGAUCUGCUUUUUAUCAUUCUGUCAUAUGGGCUGAUCCUUCAUGCUGUCUUUCAGAUACCCUCUUGCGAGGCACGGGGCAAAGCUCUCAGCACGUGUGGCUGUCAUCUUUGUGUCAUUGCUCUCUUUUAUUCUCCUGUUGUCUUUUCUGUCUUGGCCCAGAUUUUAGGCUACCGUAUGGCUCCCUACCUACAGAUCAUAAUUGACAAUCUCUACUUCUUGGUGCCUCCUAUGGUCAACCCCUUGAUUUAUGGGGCCCGGACCAAGCAAAUGCGGGAGUGGGUGCUGCGGAUCUUCCAUUGUCAUGGAGACUAA